CCCGUCCCCUGUCAGUCUCUCAUCACCGGGGACACCUGGAGCCCAGCACCACGAGCCUCAGCUUCACCUCCAUGGGCAUCAACAUGCAGCAGGAGGACCACUUCGAAGCUACCCCAGGUUUUGGCUCUGCUUACUGGGCUGAAGGGGAUGAGCUCCCAAUGCUGGUCCCUGGAGGAGGAGGCUCUUGAACCCAGCUGGGAAGGAAGGUAAAGGGCGUUCGUGGCUAGAGAAGCCCGAGCAGCAGGCCUGCUACUGGGAUGGGGAGGGCCAGGAGGUAUCCUGUGUCAGGGCCACAGCCCAGGAGCACGUGGCAGUCAGAGAGGAGCAGGGGCAGCGGUCCGGAGGGUGGAGGUGAGCCCCAGCCUCCCUGCCCCCCAGGCUCCCCGAGCUCCAGCCCUGAGGUGUUGUCCCAGCCGUCUGACCUGGAUCUCCAGGACAUAGAGGAGGUGGAGAUCGGCAGAGACACCUUCUGGCCCGACUCCGAGCCCGAGCCGGAGCAGGCUCCACGCUCUCCCGGCUCUCAGGCCCCUGACGAGGGGACGGGCGGGGCGCUGCGCAGCCUCCUGAGGAGCCUUCCCCGCAGGGCCCGGUGCGGCGCUGGCUUCGGGCCCGAGUCCAGCGCGGAGCGGCCGGCGGGCCAGCCGCCUGGGGCCGUCCCCUGCGCCCAGCCGCGGGGCGCCUGGCGCGUGACGCUCGUGCCGCAAGCAGGGGCCGGGCCCGAGGGCGCGCCCGAGCGAGCCGCCGAGCUGGGAGUCAACUUCGGUCGGAGCCGGCAGGGCAGCGCGCGGGGGGCCAAGCCGCACAGGUGCGAGUCCUGCGGCAAGAGCUUCAAGUAUAACUCGCUGCUGCUGAAGCACCAGCGCAUCCACACGGGCGAGAAGCCCUACGCCUGCCACGAGUGCGGCAAGCGCUUUCGCGGCUGGUCAGGCUUCAUCCAGCACCACCGCAUCCACACGGGCGAGAAGCCCUACGAGUGCGGCCAGUGCGGCCGCGCCUUCAGCCACAGCUCGCACUUCACGCAGCACUUGCGCAUCCACAACGGCGAGAAGCCCUACAAGUGCGGCGAGUGCGGCCAGGCCUUCAGCCAGAGCUCCAACCUGGUGCGCCACCAGCGGCUGCACACGGGCGAGAAGCCCUACGCCUGCAGCCAGUGCGGCAAGGCCUUUAUCUGGAGCUCCGUGCUCAUCGAGCACCAGCGCAUCCACACUGGCGAGAAGCCUUACGAGUGCGCCGACUGCGGCAAGGCCUUCCGCGGCCGCUCGCACUUCUUUCGGCACCUGCGGACCCACACGGGCGAGAAGCCCUUCGCGUGCGGCGCCUGCGGCAAGGCCUUCGGCCAGAGCUCCCAGCUCAUCCAGCACCAGCGGGUGCACUACCGCGAGUAGCCCGGCGGGGGCUCGGGGCGAAGCCUCCUGCCUGCCCCCACGGUGGGCAUUGCCCAGCACCGCAUGCCAUGUGUCCGGAAUAAAUUCUUUUUGAUUGUUGGAA